GUGGCCGUUUUUCUUCUCCAAUCGAUGCCGCCUUGGCGUUCAGCUCCCAGGUAUAUAAAGACCCCUUCCCCCUCCUCGUUUUUUCCAAGAUCUCCUUCUCGACAUCGCUCAUCCAUUGAAUUCUCUUUGCCUUGCACAAUUCAGAGCUACACUGUCUAGCUACAGCUGCCUACCAUAACUUGCUACCGUAACUUGCUACCUAAUCCCACGAACCUACCCACUGCCUACGACAGCUGCGACCACUACGACAAUACGAUCUUAAUACCUUUCCCCUUCCUCAUACAAUUCUACCACAAUAUAAUACAAAACACAUCUACAACAUGUGGAACAGCUCUGCAUCCUACGACUAUAACCAGGGCGCCAGACUCAUUGUCCCUGGCCGUCGAGCCCUCGUCUUGAAAGGCGUCUCUGCACACACAACAAUUGUCUCGUCGACAUCGCGGACAGUCUUGAAGCAGACCUUCUCCAAUCCUACCGAUGAAUCCUUCAAAGAGGCUACCUACGUGUUUCCCCUCUUUGACGGCAUCUCCAUUGUCUCGUACUCAGCCACCAUUGGCAGCCGCGUGAUCAAGGGUACCGUCAAGGAAAAGGAAGCAGCCCGAAAGGCCUUUGAUGCAGCUGCCGCAAAGGGCGAAAAGGCCGGCUUGCUCGAGCACUCCAUUGACGCCAAGGAUGUAUUCACAACAACAAUGGCCAACAUUGGCCCGGGCGAGGAUGUCGUCGUGGAGAUUGUCUUCCUCGGCGAGCUGAAGCACGAUGCUGAGGCAGAUGGUCUUCGUUUGACCUUCCCAACACACAUUGCUCCCCGAUAUGGCGAGACCAGUGUCAUACUGGUCUCCAAUGUCCAACCGCAAAACCCCACGCUCGACUUUACAGUGGAUGUCGACGCUGGCGCUGGUGCCACUAUCAAGAGUGUGCAGUCGCCUUCCCACCCCGUCUCUGUUAGCGUGGGAACCACCUCGGCUGCCCCCAAUGCAGACCCUAGCUUGCAAAGAGCACAUGCAACAUUCUCUGUCAAGAACAAUGCGCUCGACAAGGACUUGAUUAUUCAGGUCUGUGCCAGCAAUAUUGGAGAUCCCUGGGCCGUUGUCGAGGAGCACCCAUCUAUCCCUAACCGCCGCGCGCUCAUGGCUACCUUGGUGCCCCGAUUCAAUCUUCCGGUCGAAACACCAGAAAUUGUCUUUGUCUGUGAUCGCAGUGGCAGCAUGGGCGACGGCCGCAGAAUCCCCAACAUGAUUUCUGCCCUCCAAGUUUUCCUCAAGUCGCUACCGGUUGGUGCGCUCUUCAACAUCUGCAGCUUCGGUAGCCACCAUUCCUCACUGUGGGAGAAGUCUCAGCCCUACAACCAGCAGACGCUGGAGGAAGCCACCAAGCACAUCAAGACCUUUGCGGCCGAUUUUGGUGGUACGGAGAUGCUCGAGCCUGUCAAAGCCAAGAUUGACGAGCGCAACAAGGAACGAAACUUGGAGCUAUUCUUGCUUACCGACGGCGAUAUUUGGCGACAAGAAGAGCUCUGCGAGUUAAUUUCAAAGAGUGUCAAAGACAGUAAUAACGCCAUCCGCGUCUUUACCCUCGGUAUUGGUUCUAGCGUCAGCCAUGCUCUUAUUGAGGGCGUCGCAAGAGCCGGCCAAGGCUUCUCGCAAACGGUUGCAGACGACGAAAAGAUGAGCAAAAAGGUGGUACGAAUGCUCAAGGCUGCCUUGACUGCUCACAUUAACGACUAUUCGCUCGAUAUUAGAUACGAAAAGGCCGACGAUGACGAGUUUGAGUUGAUUGAAAAAGUCAACGAUGUCCUGGUCCUGGAUGAUGCUGCCACGUCUGAAGCCACUACCAAGGUUGAAGAAACGACCCCUGCUCCUAAGCCUACCAUUUCCCUACACGACAAGUCUGUCUCCAAUGAGGACUUGGAGAUGAAGGACCACGACUCGACGCCCCUCCCUGUUACAAAGGCGCCUGCCUAUCUACAGGCUCCCUACCACAUCCCCGCCCUGUACCCGUUUGUGCGAACCUCUGUCUAUGUGCUACUGCCUGAAGAAAAUACACAGCGCCAGCCAAAGUCUGUCGUCCUCAAGGGCACUUCACCCUAUGGACCCCUCGAGUUGGAAAUCCCCGUCUCUCGACUUGCAGAAAAGGGCACUACCAUUCACCAGCUCGCAGCUCGCAAAGCUACACUGGAGCUCGAGGAGGGCAAGGGCUGGGUCUACGAGGCCAAGGACGCUGAUGGCAAGACGCUUGUCGACACAUAUCCUAUGAAGUUCCAGGAUAUUGCAAAGGCCGCCGCUGUCAAGCUCGGUGUGGAGUAUCAGGUGAGCAACAAGUGGUGCUCGUUUGUCGCGCUUGAGGACGAUACAGCCACGACGCUAUCUGAAGACGCGAUAGCCGAAGAGGCCAAGAAGCAAGAGAGGGAAUACUCGAUGGCCCAACCGGUGGCGAAGAGAAGUAGAAUGGCUAUGUCACUGGCUAUGCCAAUGUCUGCUGCCUCUUCCAGGCCCGUGAAACAGAUGGCCGCUUCAUAUGCUGCUGUACCCGAUGCAGCCUUGGGAAUGCCAAUGUCUGCUAGCUUUUGUGCAGCACCACUACCACCACCACCACCCGCGAUGCCAUCGUACGGAAUGUCUCAUGCUCCUCCACCAGGAGGGCUAAUGUCAAAGUCGAUAUCCGCGACAUACAUACCGACUGGCCAGGACAUGUACGGGGAGGGCGUUAGCAUACAGGAUGAGCCUAUGGCAGCCUGCGAUGAGGAAGAGGAUGAUGAUGGCGCCGUUUUGGCUUCAUCAACAUUUGGCAAAAAUCUCUCCUCUUAUCAACCUUCUGGAAACAUUCCGACCAACCCCUACGCGGUGGAAUCUCUAGUUGAUACUGCCGAUAUUUCAAGCGGGUCACCGGCAGAGGAUUUGGCAGCGGCACAGUCCUUUGAUGGAUUCUGGACGUUUGACAAGCUGCUUGCCAAACUCACAGGCGUCAGCCUCGAAGACGCCAAGUCCAAGAUUGGAUUGACCACUGUAGCAGCUGGUGAGGAAGACAAGGUGUAUGCUACGCUGCUUGCUGUGGCAUACUUGGAGGCCAAGUGCAAGGAGGAUGAGGAGGUUUGGGAACUGUUUGUAGCCAAGGCCAAGACUUGGUUGAAGGGAAUGCUUGCUGGCGAUGCGCUGGCCGAGGCUGAGAAGAAGGCUCUGCAGCUUGUCUAAUUCCUUUGGCCUGAAUAUAUAUAAUACAUACUGGAUGACAUCUAUCUAUAAUACUACUUAUUUUUUUCUUCUUGGAA